ACCCUGACAUCCAUCUAAAUUUGUGAAUCUUGACACAAUGAGCUACUAUGGCAGCUACUAUGGGGGUCUGGGUUAUGGCUAUGGCUCUGGUUAUGGCUGUGGAUAUGGCAGCUACCGUGGCCUAGGCUGUGGCUUUGGCAGCUGUGGCUAUGGAGGCCUGGGCUAUGGUGGCUAUGGCUAUGGAGGCCUGGGCUAUGGUGGCUAUGGCUAUGGCUGUUGCCAUCCAUCUUGCUGUGGAAGAUAUUCUUCUUGUGGUUUCUAUUGAAAAACCACCUUCUCCUGCAGGAAUCCUUAUCCAAUCCAGCCUUGGGUAAUUCUAUGACUGUCUAAGGACAGCACAUUCCAUCUGUCUCUAUAGCUGGUUGACAAAGAAGAGUUUCCACAAGAGUGUCUUGGAAUUCUUAUGGAGCACUCAGAGCAGCGAAAUGGUGGGAAACCAUCUUUCUGGAAUUGAUGCAGCAUUUUACCUGUCAUGAAGGAGAUUCUCC